AUGAAGAAAGGGAAGAAAAAAUUGGUGGCGUUAAAGCUUGAUAUGAAGAAAGCAUAUGACGGAUUGGAGUGGCAAUUUAUUGAGCAUAUUCUUCUCAAGAUGGGUUUUGCAUCACAUUGGGUGAAAAUGAUUAUGGCUUGUUUAUUACCUGUUUCUUAUCAAAUUCUUAUCAAUGAUGCACCUAGGGGCACUAUUGUUCCUUCACGAGGUAUUCGACAAGGAGAUCCUUUAUCACCAGCCUUGUUUAUUCUUUGUUCUCAUACUUUGAGUUGUUUAUUACAAAAGGCUGAAUCUGAUGGUGACAUUAAAGGUAUAAGAGUUCGUAAUCGUGCGCCACCAAUUACACAUCUCUUAUUUGCAGAUGAUAGUCUCCUAUUUGCUGAAGGAAAGUUGGAAGAAUUAUAUGUAAUUAAGUCAUGUUUAUCUACUUAUUGUAAGGCAUCUGGUCAGGAGAUUAACUUGAAAAAUCUUGUAUGA